AUGGCCGAGUCACAGAACAAGAGAGAUCUGGCCUAUGCAAGAACAAAGAUCAACUUUGACGUCAAGGACAUGACCAACUUCCUCCACGGCGGCGAGGCAAACGUCGAGCAGCGUCGCUACAUCAUCGACCUCAUCGCCAAAGACCCCGUCUUCAACAAAGAUGACUGGGGCUGGUUGAACCAUACCGAUGCUGUCAAGCGUGGUAUUGCCAUGUCGACUCGUCUUGCCGAGAUCAAGAUGGAGCACGACCUCAACGACCUCGAUUUUGCCACCAUGAUGGAGGCUAUCGAUGACACGCUCCCCAUCGUGUUGCACAACGGCGCCUUCAUCCCUGUCAUCACAUCGCAAGGAACCGAGGAGCAGAUUGAAAAGUGGAUCCCUCCCGCAGAAAAGUACCAGAUAAUCGGAUGCUACGCCCAGACAGAGUUGGGCCACGGAUCCAACCUGUCCCAGCUCGAGACCACUGCCACCUUAGUCAAGGAGACUGACGAGUGGGAGAUCAACAGCACAUCGUUCACGGCUGCCAAGUGGUGGAUCGGAGGUCUGGGCGCUCUUUGCACCCAUGCCGUCGUACAGGCUAGGAUCUUUAUUGAGGGUAAAGAUUAUGGCGCCCACGUCUUUGUGGUUCCUCUUCGCUCGCUUGAUGACCAUAAACCCUUCCCUGGUAUUGAGAUUGGAGAUAUCGGACCCAAGGCCUACAACGGCUUCAACAAGAUGGAUAACGGCUUUGCUCGCUUUAACAAGUACCGCAUCCCUCGCGAGAAUAUGUUGAUGCGCUUCUCCAAGGUCUCCAAAGAGGGUGUCUACACCAAACCUCCCCACGCCAAGCUUGCGUACGGAUCGAUGGUGUUGUUGCGCUCGGUGCUGAUCAAGCAGAUGGCUCUCUACCUCUCCAGGGCUGUCACCGUCUCGACUCGCUACUUGACUGUCCGUCGCCAGUUCAAUAACCCUACCUCCCGCAACGACAGCGACCUCAACCCCGGCUUGGAGACCCAGGUCAUCAACUACCCUAUGGUCCAGAACCGUCUCUUUCCAAUGAUUGCCCAGUCCUACGCCCUCUUUGCUGCUGGAGCCGUUAUGAUGGAUAUGUAUAUCGGACUCAUGACUGGCCUCUCCUCUGGGAACAUUGGCGCCUUGGCCGAGGUCCACGCCAUGUCCUCAGCCUUGAAGUCUUACUGCACCACGUUCGCUGUUGCUGGUGUUGAAGAGAGCAGAAAGUUGAUGGGAGGGCAUGGAUUCUCUUACUUUACUGGAAUCGCCCACUUGUUUGCCUCGACUGUUCCCUCCAACACCUAUGAGGGGGACAACUAUGUCCUCACCCAGCAGAUGGCUCGUUAUCUCCUCAAGGAGGUCAAGACUGCUCGCACCAACCCUGACCAGGUCACUCCUUACUCCAAGUACUUACUUUUGGGCUUGAACAAGUCUGCCUUUGCCCGGUCGACCUGCUCGGUUGCCCUACCCGAGGACUGGCUCAGUCCAGCUGUCCAGCUGGCUGCAUUUGAGCACCGCUGUGCUCGUCUCGCUUAUGAGUUGAGCGAUGCUGUCGAGCAAGGAGGACUUGAUACUGCCAACCCCAAGACAUGGUCAGACCACAAUAUCGAGUGCUACCGUAUCUCGCAUGCCCAUGCCCAGUACGUCAUGGUACUUUGGUUCAUCCAGGCUGUCCGUGAUGCCUCUAACCCCGAGACCGACGUUGAGCGCCGUGCCGAGCCAGCAUCGAUCAAGGUCCUUGAGCGUCUCUCGAACCUACACGCCCUUCACACCAUCCAGACUAACCUUGUCGACUUUGUUGAGGAUGGAUACUUCUCCCCCGCACAGUGCCAGUCCCUCCGUGCACAGGUCAAGAACAUUGUUGCCUCGUUGGCGGAUGAGGCUGUUGGACUGGUUGACGCAUUCGAUCACCCCGAUUUUUUGCUCAACAGUGCUUUGGGUGCUACCGAUGGUGAUGCGUACAAGAGACUGUGGGAUAAAGCCCAGUCUGAGCCCCUGAACAGACGCGAGGUCUGUGAUGGCUAUGAGGAGUACAUCCGCCCUCUGUUGAAGAAGCAUGGCGAGUUCAAGCUGUAA